AUGGUACCGAGAGGUAAAAAGAUCGACGAAGUCGUGGACGAGGUUUCAGUUCACCUCGAGUAUCACCUGCUGCAGGAGGAAAUUAUUCCAGCCAAUGCAUCGCAAUCUGAAGAUGUUGACAGUGAGCAAGACGAGGAAGAAUCUUAUAGUGAUGAAGAAGACGAAGAUACCGAUUCAGUGUUCAGUUACGACGAGCUCGACCGUGAAAGCUCAGAGUUUACAGACAACCAAGUCGAAGCCGAUGGGGGCCACCAUGGUAAUUAUCCAAUGAUACGGGAUGAGUCUGAAAUGGUCACACUCAUUGAGUUUCUUGAACUUUUAUACCAGUUAUGUCUCACCAUUAGCACUGAGCGUUCCAUCGAAGGUCGACCGAGCUCUACACUACUUGUGUUCUUCAGCGGAAUACUUGGUUUCUCCCAAGAUUGCAAACAUUUCUUACUCGCGAGGCAGUUCUGUCCAUAUCUAUCGGGUCUCAUUUAUAUUCAACGUCUGAUACUGAUGGAACGCGCCUUGCCGUUACGAGAGUAUCGCGUUAUUGGGAUUCCACAGCGUUCAUAUGCGAACCAGCUGGAUCAGUUGAAUUCAAUUCGACAAAAGUACAUGAUAGCAGGCACACAAUACCCACUUGCUGAAAUGACUAGUCUCAGAGACUUUGGUCGCAAUGUCGCCCGUACCGAGCCACCAUCCAUCUUGUUCAACUGGAGUGAUGAUGGAGAAAUAAUACGCUAUGGUGACUUCCAACUGACCAUGGACAAAUUCCGACAAAUCCCCGAUUAUUUCAUCUCAAAAGCAGAAGAGAUUUGUGACAAGUUGAUGUUUGACAUCAAGCCUGACAUUGAUCUAGCAGCGAUAAAGGACGACAUGGUCAAUACGUCAAGCGGAUAUUCCAUAUGCUUCUCGGGAGAGUAA